AUGUACUUGAAUCCGGGCCUUGCGUUCAAACUUUCCAGCCUCGUGUCCCUCAAUUUGCACGUGCACAACCGUGCUAUCAAUCGAUUGAUUCACUAUCGCUGGAACGACGACUUGUACUCUACUUUACGUUGGCCAGCAAUCAUGAUAGGUACUCCUUCGCCAGAUGCCCCUAGUAAUACAAGCACUAUUAUUUCAAGCAUUUCCACAGCCAAAACGGCCGCACAAACCAGCGAGCAGUACUUCUUCAGAGACAUAAUCUUCCGUGCAGAUGAUGAGCUGUUCAAAGUCCCUGCUCUGUAUUUCUUAACCGAGUCCCAAUUCUUUCGGGAUAUGUUUGAUCUCCCGAAUCCCGAGGGUAGCAUCGUGGAUAGCACCUGUAAAGAUAAGCCGCUGGUUCUCGAGGGAGUCCGGGCGUCCGAGUUGAGCGCUCUUUUGCGUGUUAUGUACCCUCCGACGUUCCGAGAGGCUGAUUUGUUGUCAAAGGAGGAAUGGGCCGCUGUCUUGAAGCUAGCGGAUAUGUGGCAGAUGAAACCCAUCAAGGCGCUCGCAGUUGAACACCUAGUUCAAGACCUAUCGGAGGACCCAGUCACCCGCGUUGUACUCGGAAAGAAACACCAUGUCCCGGAAUGGAUUAUCCCCGCCUACAAGCAGCUGAUCAAACGAGAGGAGCCAAUCAGUCCAAAAGAUCUCGAGGGCCUCGGCGUAGAAAUUGCCUUGAAGAUAUGUGCAAUGAGGGAAAGCUGCAGUCGUGUCGAGUACCCUGGGGGAAAAGGUCGGGCACCUCAGACUGUAUGGUCACUGGGAAAGUCAAGGCCGGUGAUACCCAGUUCCGAGGAUCUUCGUGGCCUGGAUGAGAGAUUGCAGAAGGAAUUGAUAGACAACUAG